AAAAAUAGGGUGUUGCAAAUGUCCAAAAAGCCCUUCAACAUUGUUAACGAAAAUCAAGUUUAAUUUCUCUCCCAAACUCCCGCGUUUUUCAGAUCAACGAGUGGAGAGUCGACCGCAUCCAUUUUAGGCGGCAAAAUCCCCAAAAAUGGAAGAUGAACAGUGGGAAGCUCUAGACGUAGACGACUCCGAAGUUCCCUUUCUCAGACCUUGCAAGCGCCAAAGCCUCUCUGUUCUCUCUCACCCCAACCCCUCUUCUUCUCCGGCGCCGUUCCUCAUUCCUGGCCCCGCCGGAGCCGUACAAUCCGCCAUGCAACGGAAAGCUCGAGGGGACGGUUUAUUCUACGGUGCCGCACGCGAUGAGGAUUCUAUCCCCACUCAGGAGUAUAUUAAGAGGGUUCUUGAAAAUGGCGAUGUUCGUGAUGACGAUGAUUUCAGGGCUAAUCCAUGGCUUUCCGCUUUGGAUUUUCUGCGAACAAAUGGUAUGGUGGAUGAUAAUUGUACAAUUCCUGGAACGCCUUUGAGUUCUAUCAAGAAUGGGUUUCAUAAUGACAGAGUAGCUCGGGUUGUUGCUAUAGUCAAGUCAUGUACUCCAAAUGGUCUUGGUGGUUUGAUGGUAACUCUUAAGGAUCCUACAGGUACAAUAGGAGCUAGCAUCCACCGCAAAGUUCUUUCGGAAGGAGAGUUUGGGAAGAACAUAUCCAUUGGUACCGUUUUGAUUCUCCAAAAGGUAGCUGUGUUCGCUCCUUUACGCUCUGCAUUCUAUCUCAAUAUUACCUUGAAUAAUGUGAUCAAGGUAUUUUUCUUUUUGUUCUUGCUAAUUAGCCAACUAUUGAUAUGGAGUUAAACUCUAUAAAUAGAUGUCUAUUAAUUGAUUAAUUACGGUCUAGCAAAAUAAUGGUCAUAAUACUUCAAGAUCUUACAUUCAUCUAUUCUAAGUUUUGAAAAAAUUUGGUGAAGAAUGAACUUAUAGCAAACAGAUUGUGGUUUUAAAGGUCACACGAUGGAUUUAGGGUGGCUAAGAAUUCUUGCAAAUAUUUCUAAGUGAUUGAUGGACUGAACCGAGAUGCUAAAGCAAUCUAGAAAUCCUUAAGAGAGACUUAUCAAUAGUUUGAAGGCUGAUAAAGUAAUUCUAUGUUGGUUAGGAUGUACUAGUUGAUUACUUUUCUCUUAUUUCAUUCUCACUUGAGUACCUUUUCUCGUCUUCUAGCCUUCGCAUUACCUUCAACUGGUUCAUAUUAUAUACAUAGAAAAUGGUAUACCAACAAAUUUAGAAGCUCAUUACUUGUUGGCCACAUGAUUGUGAUUAAGACUGAACUUGGGGUCUUCUUUAGUUAUGUUUGUGAUGAGAAAGAGAAAGGGUAGAAGGGCACUAUGCAAGCCAGAAGAUAUCAUAAAAGCACAAACGCAUUCUCCCUCACAAACAACAUACAAAUAUUUAAAUGUUUAUCUGUAUUUUUUUUUCAUUUUCAAUAUUUACGUGCAAUGUAAACAAGGAAAAAAGUUUGUGGGGGUUCACAUUCAUCACUAAAAAAGGAGUCAUUCAUUUUUCUCUCUACAUGUUGAUAACUAUCAGGUCAACACUCUAAACUUUAUACUAGAC